UUAAGAUUAUAUAUCACGGGCCGGGAAUCAUAUGUCAAAGAUAACACUCGGACAAUCACGAGCGUGAAAUUAGGCACAGAUCAUAAUUCAUGCAAUAUGUCAGGAGGGGAGGGCCCUCACUUUACGCGAGACAGGCCUGACAACGCAGGUGCGCCACGAGAAACUAACCAAUCGCGCGAAUGGACAUUGACGAGGGUGAUGGUCACGAGUAGAGCAGGAGUGAGGAGUGAAAACGAAGAGAGAAGGGGUGACCUGUCAGACGGUCGCGCGGUCGGCGCGAUCACAAAAAGCUGAUGCAGACGUCGUCGGACGGCGAACGUGCACGUGCGGUGGUUGGUUUUUUUCUUCUUCGCGUGUGCGGUGGCCCGCGAUGUCCAAGAAGUUAUCGCGGGCCGAUGCCCUCGACAACAUCUCCGCCUGGGACACAGAGGGAGUGUUGUGCCUGUUGCGCAAGAAUGGACUGGAAGAAUGUUGCAAGGCUGUGGCGAAACGGCAAAUCGACGGCGAUGAGUUGCUGCACUUGACGGAUGGGAAGCUGGCUCUCUGGAAGAGUGAUCUCACGCGUCCACUGAUAGGAAAAUUAUGGACAUUUGUGCAAGAAUUGAACAAGUCUCCAGAAUUAUAUCUGCUGGAUAAGAUUAUAGAAGUACAACAAAACGAUGAUCAUUUGAGCGAUAGCGGUUCCUGGGGAACUGACUUCGAGGAUGAAGCAGCCGAGGAAAAUAAUUCUACCGCAAAUGUGCAAGAAAUCAUAAAACCAAGUCUGAUCAAGAACAAGCAAGUGUCUUUACAGAAUAAUAGGAUACCGGUUAGUAGAAUACCAACGUUAUUACAGUCGAAGAAAAUAAUAAAACCGGAACAGGAAGAAACUUACGCCAAUUGCAAAUCUUCUCCGGACGAAGAGGAGAAUAUGUAUGCGAAUUGUCAGGAAACGAAACCACCGCCGAUGAGAAAUGUUUCAAGGCUGCACAGUGAGUUGGAGAAAACUCUAGCCGGGAAAUUAAAGUUGGAAUUAGAAGAGUUGAAGCGGAGGAACGGUUCAACAAAGAAACCUGAGAUCAGGCCGAAACCGGAGACUCUGCCAUUGAAAAGAAUUCCGAUGACAGCUUCCGAUAAGAAAUCUCCGCAGAAAUCUUUCCUGCACAAUGGACCAAACAUGCACGAACGUGUUCCUAAUGAACAAAGCAAAACACAAAGAAGAAUGGGUGUGCCGCCGCCACCGGAACCCAAGAGAAACAAGGAUUACACAUCCGAGGAAAUCAAGAAAGGAGUCGAUAAGGAGUUAUCGAAACUACCGGUCAUCUUAAGAAAUUUUGACCUUGUGGCAAAUUUACCGGCACAAACGGAAGAGAGCGAAGACGAGUAUGAGCUAUUCGACGAAAACAUCAUUGAAAAGAAUGAGAUUUCGCGAGUCGAUAGUAAGCAGUCGUUGCACAGCGGUCGCCAGGGAUCAGUCGAAAGUGUUUACAAGCCUCCUAGCGCUGCGAGUCACGAGGAAGAAGAGGAUUACGAGAUUUAUGAAUCUAUCACGGAAACGCCGGAGGAUAAUGAUUACUUAAACCCCAUUCAAAGGAUAAGUGAUACACAAGAACCACCUCCUUUACCCGCUAAACCAUCACCGCCUCCACUGGCUUCGACUCUUCCCAAUAGAACCAGAUCAGAGAAAGAGCGAUCACCGGAUAAGAAAUCAGCCACAUUACCUCAUGCUGGCAGUAACACUUCGAUGUCAACCGAGAGAGCCACACGGCCACUACCACCGCCGCCUGAAAGAUCUUAUAUAGACAAGCCCUGGUUUCAUAAUAUUUCGAGGGAACAAGCAAUUAUUCUGAUCAAAGAACAAGGUACUUACAGUAAUCCACAAGACGGAUAUUUUCUUUUGAGACCGUCAACGACAAAUCUUGGUAAUCCUCUAACCUUGGUUCUGUGGUAUAAGGAUAGAGCCUACAAUGUUCCGGUCAGAAAAAGAAGUGACAACAGAUACGCAUUGGGCUCCGCGAAAGUGAAUGAGCUGUCUUUCUCAACGGUUGAAGAGAUCAUAGUGUUUCAUAUGAAGGAAGAACUCAUGCUCUACAGCGGCGGUGUACAGACCGGAAGUACUAAAUUGACUGAUACUCCACCAAAGUGAUUUUAGUCCACUACGUCCAAUUCUACUUUAAGCAGGAAGAAAAUAUUUUCAUCGAUAAUUUCGCUGUACAUAAGAGUUAUACAUGACGUGUAUAAACACUGCCGAGCACAUUUUUGCUAGAUAUUUCAACAAUAUAAAGAAUAGGCUGACCAACAAGAAUUUAAGUGGUGCCUUUGUGUGCAUUUAUAAUAGAUACAUGAAUUAAUUAUUUUCGUAAUCGCGUUGCACAAAACAUUAUUGUUAUUUUAAUAUUAUUCCAUAAUAUUCCAAUAACAAGUUCUGGUUCGAUUUUUAUGUCUAAGAUUCAUCUUGACAAUUAUACGUGCCUUCAAUAAAAUGACAUA